UUUACGCUUACUGUUUUUUGAUAUCAAUGAAUUUAAGAAUCGAUCAGGGUCGAUACUUCGAGAGUCGAUAUUAGUAGCCAACAGCGCUCUGUCGUCUUCGAUACUUAAUCCAAAUUCAGUAUGUUAAAUUAAGGCUCGAUGAUGCUCUGUGCGAAUUCUUUAAAAAGAAAUUGCGUUGCGACGCCUGUCAAUAUCAUCUUGAAGGCUAAAUAUUCUCGACGUAAUCAUAAGGAUACAAGUUCUUACAAGGUUGUAAAAUCCAACAGCGAACCCGUUGACGAUGUUGAAAAUAAUGUAUUUGGAGUAAGUCCUAAUUGGGAACUACUCCCACCAAGAGGCUUCCGAUUUUAUCUACCAGGAACAAUAGGUCCUGGAUGGCUUGAUGCAUCUACAACAGCUCAAGUGGAGACUCGUUCCUUCGUUGUAAAUACUGGUGAUGAUAUUUUGUUGGACGGCUUAGUUAAAGAUGCAAAGAGUUAUGAAGCACCUAUCGACGAGUCUCAAAAACAGCAUCCCCUUCUCCACUGCACAGUGCAAGAAUGUCCCAUGUUGCUAAGAAAGGGCAUUAUGGAAUUAUUUCCUGGCUGUGUGGAGGUCAACUCUCCGCAACUAUCAAUAAUAACGAUUAGUCAAAAAAUGAAUCGUAAGACUAUUAAAUGGAAUAGGGAAGCUGAGACUGAGAAGCUUGCGAAAUAUUUCCUUUUGGCAGCAUCAGACGUUUGCACCAAGCUUAAAUUAAUUGGAUAUUGGGCUGAUUUUAUUAAUCCAUUUAGUGGACAACCAUAUUUCAACCCACAUAAAAAUGGUACGCUAUACAAGACGGAUGAACGUUUUCGUUGCUUAGGUUUCCAGAUACAGGAGAAGAACCGUUGUAAGGUCAUAUCACAUAGCAGCAAUUCAAAUAACUUUGUUGGAAGUCUUUAUACUACAGCACCAUCAAACAUGGAAUUCUUAAAAGAGUUGAUGAACGAUAUUAAUCAAUAAUGAAAUGUAAUAAUUUCGUGUAUAUGAGCGAAUUAUGAGUCUGCUGCGAUGUUUAUUAGUCGUCGAUAUAUAAUAAAAGAGGAAGUGUAGUCCUGUACUGUAACACCGUUGUUAGGCUUGAUCUACAAAGUAGUCUAAGGAUAAUCGCGGUGACGUUGAUUAUUAAUGUAAUAUGAGUAGAAUUAUUUAUAUUAAUUCAGUUGCCAUGAUACUCCACGUUCCGGCUGAGCCAGGGAAGUUUUUCAAAAUUAUUUAAUUGCAGUGUUAUUCGGACAUUACUGGAGACUAUUUAACUAUGCUUAAGGUGAGAAUGUCGUGCUCUUCAUUUUACUCUCUUGAAUACUGUAUGUCUUGUAUAUAAGAUCAACGUGAGACACGUUACCUUAUUUUGGACAAAUAAAUAAGGAAACCAAGAAAAGAAAUUUUAGACGUAAAUAAAAAACAAGUACUUGUACUCAUUAAA